UGCUGCUGCUGGAUACUAGACACAUGUUGAAGUGCUGGUAGAAGAAAUGCUAGCUACGAAUAAGGAUUUAACCGGCUUCCCCGCGUACACAAAUUGAGCUCCCGGUCCAGCCAUGUUCGGCACAGAGUCCUCAUUAAGCAUGUUUCUGAACACCCUGACACCCAAGUUCUACGUGGCUCUUACUGGCACUUCUUCCCUCAUAUCAGGACUCAUAUUGAUCUUUGAGUGGUGGUAUUUCAGGAAAUAUGGGACCUCCUUCAUAGAGCAGGUGUCUGUGAGCCACCUGCGCCCCCUGCUGGGUGGAGUGGACAGCAGCUCUCCCAGUAACUCAAAUACCAGUAAUGGGGAGGCCGACUCAAAUCGGCAAAGUGUGUCUGAAUGUAAAGUAUGGAGAAAUCCGUUGAAUUUAUUUCGUGGAGCUGAAUAUAAUCGGUAUACAUGGGUAACAGGUCGAGAGCCGCUGACAUACUACGACAUGAACCUGUCAGCACAAGAUCACCAAACCUUCUUUACCUGCGACUCAGACCACCUCCGGCCUGCUGAUGCCAUCAUGCAGAAGGCGUGGAGAGAAAGAAACCCACAGGCUCGCAUCUCUGCAGCACAUGAAGCUCUAGAGCUUGAAGACUGUGCAACAGCAUACAUCCUGCUGGCAGAGGAGGAGGCCACCACCAUCAUGGAGGCUGAGAGAUUGUUUAAACAAGCGCUAAAAGCUGGUGAAGGCUGCUAUCGCCGCAGCCAACAGCUCCAACAUCAUGGUACACAGUAUGAAGCCCAGCACAGAAGAGACACCAAUGUGUUGGUGUAUAUAAAGAGGAGACUGGCCAUGUGCUCCAGAAAGCUUGGCCGAACACGAGAAGCAGUUAAAAUGAUGAGAGAUUUGUGUGUUUUCCAGUUAAUGAAGGAGUUCCCUCUCCUCAGUAUGUUCAACAUCCACGAGAACCUACUGGAGUCACUACUAGAGCUCCAGAACUACGCUGACGUCCAGGCCGUUCUGGCCAAGUACGACGAUAUUAGCUUACCCAAAUCUGCAACAAUAUGCUACACAGCAGCCUUGCUCAAAGCCAGGGCGGUAUCGGACAAGUUCUCUCCAGAGGCAGCGUCGAGGCGAGGGCUCAGCACAGCAGAGAUGAACGCAGUAGAAGCCAUCCACAGAGCGGUGGAAUUUAACCCUCACGUCCCCAAAUAUCUGCUGGAGAUGAAGAGUCUGAUUCUUCCUCCAGAACACAUUCUGAAGAGAGGUGACAGUGAGGCUAUCGCUUAUGCCUUCUUCCACCUGCAGCACUGGAAAAGGGUGGAGGGAGCGCUCAACCUGCUGCACUGCACCUGGGAAGGCACAUUCAGAAUGAUCCCAUAUCCUCUGGAGAAGGGUCACCUGUUCUAUCCCUACCCCAUCUGCACAGAGACGGCAGACAGAGAGCUGCUACCCACAGUGUUUCAUGAGGUGUCAGUCUACCCGAAGAAGGAGCUGCCCUUCUUCAUCCUCUUCACGGCCGGGCUCUGCUCUUUCACCGCCAUGCUGGCUCUGCUCACACACCAGUUCCCUGAACUCAUGGGAGUGUUUGCUAAAGCUUUCCUCAGCACGCUGUUUGCUCCUCUGAACUUCAUCAUGGAGAAGGUGGAGAGCAUCCUGCCGUCCAGCCUCUGGCACCAACUCACCCGCAUCUGACCCCGACCCAUCGGACUAGAAUCAGAACCAGGACCAGCAUGGAAAGCAGACCUCCAUCCGGACUGAAACAGCUGAACUGAAACCCAGAACGCUGCAUUGGACUAGACUGACACACCCUUUGUGCCAAGAUCAUGGAGUUCAAACCAAAUGGAGAACAGAGCAGGAGGCGUGAAACAAAAAGGCAAAACAGUGACAUCCAGAAUUGGUUUUGACUUUAUUUGAUAUGUUUGCAUUUUUUGGGUUUUCAAUCAUUUAAAGCUGUUUUUUUGUUGUACAAAAACAGGUGAUCAAUUGCCAUCAUUAAAAAAGUGAAAAGGAAAAAAAAUACAAUAAAGGACUUUUUGUGUAUUGCUGCAA